AUGAGUGAGGUGGUCAAGCACCCCAAGAAGCAGAUGUAUCGCAUGAGGGCGCACAGUAACCCCCUCAACGACGCCCACUUCCCCGUGCCCCUCAGCCCAGACCACGUCGACUGGGCUGCUCAUUACCCCGAGCUGCACAUGGCGGCGGCCGCCGCUGGCGUGCCGCCGCCCCAGGUCGAGUUUGCCGACGUCGGCUGCGGCUUUGGCGGGCUGACGAUCCGCCUGGCGGAGGCCUACCCUGACAAGCUGAUCAUGGCCAUGGAGCUGCGGGAUAAGGUCACAGAGUAUGUCAAGGAGCGCAUUCUGGCGUUGCGCAAGGAGCAGCCCGGCAAGUACCAGAACUGCUCGGUGGUGCGCACCAACGCAAUGAAGUUCAUCACAAACUUUUUCAGAAAGGGCCAGCUCACCAAGCUCUUCUUCCUGUUUGCGGACCCUCACUUCAAGGCAGCCAACCACCGCCGCCGCAUCAUCCAGCGCACGCUGCUGGCUGAGUACGCCUACCUGCUGCGCCCGGGCGGCCUGCUGUACACCAUCACCGAUGUGGAGGACCUGGGGGACUGGCAGCGCGACAGGCUGGAGGCGCACCCGCUGUUUGAGCGGGUGAGUGAUGAGGAGCUUGAGAGCGACCCUGCUGCACAGCUGCUGCUGGAGGGCACGGAGGAGGGGCAGAAGGUGGCGCGCAACGGCGGCAAGACGUGGCGCCAUGUCUACCGCCGCAUCCCAGGGCCCGCAGACCAGGCGGCCGCGGCGGCGGCGGCGGCCGCUGCAGGGGAAGAGCAGCCCGCUGCAGCAGGGAAAGAGCAGCCCGCGGCGGCAGGGAAAGAGCAGCCCGCGGCGGCAGGGGAAGAGCAGCCCGCCGCGGCAGCAGCAGCUGGCGCAGGAGGGGACGGCGCGUAA